GCAGUAGGUGGCGCUGUGCGCCUCGUACUUGUUUCUGAGCAUCGUCAAAGAUCCAGGCGAUGAAGCCGUGUGGAGCCGAGUGGACGGAGCAGGGAGCGGGCACAGAAGAAGAAGAAGAAGAAGAAGAAGAAGAAGAAGAAGAAGAGGAGGAGGAGGAGGUGACCACUUAGCAAACUCUCCGCCGGAGCUACAUCUGCCACAGACCGACAGCCCUGCACUCUGACCGGCUCGUCGCUUGAACGGGAGACAAGACUAAACAUUUCACGCAUGGCGCACACUCGCCUGGAUACGCUGACUUCUCGGCUGUGUUGAAUAUUUGCGACUUCAAUCCAGCUGCAACAACAACAACAACAACAACAACAACAACAUCUGGCUAACGAGCUGCUAGCAGCGUCAGCUGUCACCCCGGAAGGCCGCCGCGGAGGCACCGGGGCCGGGCGGGGACUGAACUUUCUGUGUCCGCGUCUGGACCGAGCCGACACCGCUCACAGCCAAUGAUUUAAACCUGAGACAUAUCGGUAAGAAUGGAGUCCUCUUUGGGGAUAUGCGACGAGACGUGCUUGGCAACUGUGAGAGGUGAGGAGCUGAGGGCUGGCCAGAAGGAGCCCAGACUACUGUCACUAAUUGAGCGCAGUGGAGAGUUUAUACUCGGUGUUUUGGCCACACCGGAUGCUGUUGUGUCUCGUCCAGUGGCUCAGCUUUCUAUACCCAUCAAUGGUAAUUUUGAAAUUGUGCGAGAGGCAGAAGAAGCUCUUCUUAUCAACUUGUCAGUAGAUUCCUGCGUCAGAAUACGAAUCAAAGGAGAAAAAGCCCCAGAGCUGCUGUUGGAACUCCAGGAUGAUGAUCGGACUCAGACUUUCCUCACCCAGGUGAAGAGCGCUCAGCAACAAGUUCAAUCUCAGUUCAAACUCACAAAACCCAAAGCGAUGGAGCCCCUUGCACCGACAGCCCUGAGAGGACCAGUCCCCAUCCCACCACAAAGAGCAAACAAGUCUGCUCACCCUGUGGGCUCUGGAGUCAACCCACCGAAAUCUAUGAAGUCACUACCUCCCAACCUCAACAAUAGCUUCUCAACGAAUCAGACUAACACAGAUCCAGUUCAGUCGCUCGCCUCAGACUUUGGCUUUGAGGAAAGCUUCAACCACACUCUCAAAGUGGAGGAAAAGAAGAACCAUCAGAAUCGCAUCGUGGCAUCAAGGGAGCCUCCUCCUGUCCCUCCUCUACCUCCUCGCAAAGCCUCCUACACUCCAUCCAAUCCUCUGCCGCCUCCUCCACCAGUCCCUAAAGAGAGAGCUGUCUCCCUACAGGCCAAAGACAACUCCUUCAUCACAAGCAAACCAGAUAGUUACAGGUCAGGGUUUGACCGUGUGGAGAGGCAACCAUCUUGGUGCGACAGCCCCACCACCAACAGCAUGAGGCAGGCUAUGUUCUCCAGCCAGGCGGGACAAAGAGAAUACCUCAUCAAACACCGUCUCGGAAAGAAGGAGAAUGAGUAUGUGGACAUCGAGACCUUCAGGUUUUUCACAGGAACGUGGAACGUGAACGGUCAGUCUCCAGACAGCAGCCUGGAGCCGUGGCUCUGCUGUGACACAGAACCUCCCGAUAUUUAUGCUCUGGGUUUUCAAGAACUGGACCUGAGCACUGAAGCUUUCUUCUACAUGGACUCUUCCAAGGAGCAGCUGUGGGUGGAAGCCGUGGAGAGGAGUUUGCACCCAAAAGCCAGUUACAAGAAGGUUCGGAUCAUACGACUAGUUGGGAUGAUGCUCGUGGUCUUUGUGAAAAAGACACACAAACAUCACAUAAAAGAAGUGGCUGCAGAGCAUGUGGGGACAGGGAUCAUGGGAAAAAUGGGAAACAAAGGAGGCGUGGCAGUGAGGUUUGUUUUCCACAACACGAGCUUCUGCAUCGUCAACUCUCAUCUGGCAGCACACGUGGAAGACUUCGAGCGCCGCAACCAGGAUUAUAAAGACAUAUGCGCCCGCAUGACCUUCCACCUACUGGACCAUCCGCCACUCAGUAUCGUCAAGCACGAUGUCGUAAUAUGGCUCGGGGAUUUAAACUACCGACUGUUCAUGUACGAUGCUGCUAUGGUCAAACAGCACAUUGUUAAGAACGAGUUAAAAAAGCUUCAGGAGGUUGAUCAGCUGAACAUUCAGAGGCAGACGAAGAGAGCCUUCACAGACUUCAUGGAGGGAGAGAUCAACUUCAUUCCCACAUAUAAGUACGACCCCAAGACAGAUCGAUGGGAUUCAAGUGGGAAGUGCCGAGUUCCAGCUUGGUGUGACAGAAUCCUGUGGAGGGGCAACAAUGUCAAGCAGCUCAAAUACCGAAGUCACAUGGAGCUGCAAACUAGUGACCAUAAGCCUGUCAGCUCCCUCUUUAGCGUUGGGGUUAAAGUGGUAAAUGAGGAGCGCCACAAAAAGGUGUUUGAGGAAAUCGUUCGGGCAAUGGACAGAAUGGAGAAUGACUUCCUUCCAUCUGUAACUCUGAGCAGGAGAGAGUUUACAUUUGAGCAAGUGAAAUUCCGGCAGCUCCAGAAGGAGCGCUUCCAGAUAACAAACGACGGGCAGGUCCCCUGUCACUUUGCCUUCAUCCCCAAACUCAAUGACUCGCAGUAUUGCAAGGCUUGGCUCCGUGCAGAACCAAGCGAUGGAUUCUUAGAGCCGAAUGAGACCCUGGAGAUCUAUCUGGAGGUGUAUGUCAGUAAAGACUCUGUCACGCUGCUGAACUCCGGAGAGGAUGCCAUAGAGGACAUUCUGGUGCUCCAUCUGGACCGUGGCAAGGACUACUUCAUUACCAUCUCUGGCAACUACCUGCCCAGCUGCUUUGGCACCUCGCUGGAGACUCUGUGCCGCAUGAAAAAGCCCAUCAGAGAGAUCCCCAUCACCAAACUCAUUGACCUGGGAGAGGACAGCUACAUGGACAAGGAAAAGUCAAAGGUAAACUUCCUGAUGAUGGAUGGCGCUGGCACGGAGGACAAACCUCUAAAGAUCCCCAAGGAGGUGUGGAUUCUUGUCAACCACCUCUUCACAAAGUCCUGUGAUCAGGAGGACUUGUUCCAGACACCAGGCCUGCAGGAGGAGCUGCAGAGCAUCAUCGACUGUCUGGACACCAGCAUCCCAGACUCCAUCUUCGGUUGUAACCACUCUGUAGCAGAGGCUCUGUUGAUCUUCUUGGAGGCUUUGCCGGAGCCAGUGGUGUGUUAUGAACUUUACCAACGGUGCCUAGACUGCGCUCAUGACAGCCGCCUCUGCAAACAGUUGAUCUCCCAGUUGCCCCGGGCCCACCGCAACGUGUUUCGCUACUUGAUGGCCUUUCUGAAGGAACUUCUUAAGCACUCACACAACAACAACCUAACAGCCAGCCUCAUCGCAACACUCUUUGCCAGCCUCCUAAUCAGACCGCCUCCCAACCUGGUGAGCAGGCAGACACCACAAGACCGGCAGAAAGCCAUCGACUUCAUUCUGGGUUUCCUCAUGGCAGGAGACGAGGAGUAGUAAGCGUCAGUCGUGACGUCAGUCGGGUUUGGAGUUGAUUCCCAACCUGGCUUACUGUUGGACCUGUAGGACACUGUGUAACAUGAUCUACUUGGUAUUUUGUCAUCUACUGGAGACCAGUGUGGCAGUUUUGCACACCACCAUUCACAAACUCUUAUGUUAGAGGAAAUCUUCCAUUAGAAGUGUGAUGAUUUUACCGAGUGUCAUAUCUUCAGUUCAUUCACAGAGUGACCACUCGCUGGAUUUGGAAGCCCUUGGGAGAGGUUUGAACUGACGCCUUUGCACUUUCUGAAGACCUAAAGGCUCCGUGCCUCCAAACUAGAGUUGUCCUCGUCCUCAGCUAGCCCUUCUUAUUGUAGGUGCUCAUGCCAAAAUAACCCCUGAACAGUGAGUGUAAUGAAUGUGAAAACACUAUGUAUCCAUGAGUGAAAGACUCAGUUACACUAAAGAAAAGGAAGUCCCUGAAGGGAAUUCCUGAAGUUUUAAUAAGUAGACUGAAUACUAGUAUAUGGUUUAAAGCAUAAAUUAGUUUAUAAUGGGAUAAUUGUGGAAAUCUAUAUACUGAGAAUGUUUAAGCUUAAGAUAAACCAUGACAAUCAUCUAUUUUGCAGAAUUUUAACUAAGUGAUAAAAACUCUGCGAGCAUUACCAUCCCCAUUGUAUUGUUGUAACUGUUAUUUAUAUAUAUUUUUUUCUUUUGCACCAUCUGAACAAUUUUUUUGGUUUCUACUACACUUUUUUUAAAUUUUCAGCUCUGCAUUGGUUUGUAAAUGAUGUCAUCUGAAAUAUUCAUCGCUCGUUUUUAUCGUCCUGUUCUAGAAAACGUGAACGUUUGCUGUGUUGUUGUGUAACUAUCAGCCUGUGACCCUUACAUCUUUUUGCCAUUUCCUCUUGAGUUACAAAACAAGUCUGUUAACACACUAACUUCCUGGUCGACCGGAAUUAAGUGAGGAGUCACCCUCUGUGGUUCUCGAUGUCUUAAAAUGUGUAAAUAGUUUCUGUUUUCUGGGUAUUCGAUUGUCGGUAUGGUGGUGCAAAUCUGUGAUGGUGUCUACUGUUUGUCAUGAAGGUGGUACUGUUAUUGUCUGUGUUUGUCUUUUUUUUUUUUUUCCUCGCUUCUGCCACAUCUUUAGAGCUCAUUAUUUGUUGUUUGAGGCCCGUGUGAUGCCAACACACAGCCGGUGUGUUCCUCAUGGUAAAUGCAGAUGCGUAAUACUUUUUGUUUUAAGUGAUGCAGCAUUUUCUGGAUGCAAGUCUAGCAAGAUUUAAUGGCUCAUUACUCUGCAGGAUACAGCCUGUCUUUGUGCACCUUUCUCAUUUGUGCCACAGAGGAUUUUUUUUUUCUUCCUGCAGUCACUGUUGCAAAACAUGUCAUGGUUAUUGAAAUGAGGAACUUCUCUGCGGUGUAUAAUGAACAGUGUUUCCUCUUCAAUGGUUUUACCCAAGACGUGUCAGCAUUAGCUUUCCCAGAGGAGCAUUUGUGACAUAAUUUGCCCUUGUUCAGUAUCUCCUGUAAUGUAAUAAUGCCAGAAACUUCAGAAGAUUUCAUGUUUGGAGAUAAUGUGAUAACACUGACAAUCAUGGCACUUAUACAGACGCCUGCCGGGCAGAAGUUUCGCUAUGCGUAGUUUCUUCUGCCUUAUUGCCAUCAUGUACUAGAUUCUGCUGUUGGUCUAAAUCAUGCCGAGCUUUGCCAAAAGGUGGCUUGGGCCUGAAGGAACAGUUCCUGGUGUUUCAGAUUUGGGAGCCAUUAUAAUAGCCAUUUAUUUAUUCACUUUGUCUGUAGAAAUACUACCAUCAUCAUGUCAAACACAGAAUCAAUAUAAUCAAUAACCUCUGAUUUUAAGUGUUAGUCUUAUGCCACUGUACCAGCUGAUGUAUUUGUAUGGAGUCAUUGUGCUUUUUGUCUUCAGUUUUGUCACAAUCUGUUCAAGAAAUUAAGGUACGUUUUAAAGGUACACAAGGAAACACUUGCACCUGUUUUCAACUUUUCAGAUUUUUUUGGUGCUUUUAAUUUAUUUAACAGAAAUAAAACUGUGUAUAAAGCUG